AUGCCAAAAUAUGCAAAAUUCCUUAAGGAAAUUCUCACGAAUAGAAGGAAGAUAGAGGAAGUGAAAAAGGUAGUUCUUAAUGAAAACUGCUCAACUACCAUGCUAAAUAAGCUACCAAAGAAGAAGGGUGACCCGGGGAGUUUAACUUUGCCUUGCCAAUUUGGUAACUUGGCUACCAUUCAUGCUUUGGCCGAUUCGGGAGCAAGUGUAAAACUCAUGACAUAUUCAUUCUUCAAGAAGCUGGAUCUCCCAGAACCAAGGCCAAUUCGUAUGGCGAUUCACUUAGCAAACAAGAAAGUCACUUUUCCAAGAGGCAUAUGUGAUGACUUACUGGUCAAGGUGGACAAGUUUGUAUUUCCCGCAGAUUUCAUAAUUCUAGAUAUGCAGGUGGAUCCUCAAGUCCCGAUCAUCCUUGGAAGACCCUUCCUCAACACUGCAAGUGCUAUAGUAGACAUGAGGGACUCGAAGCUUACUUUAUGGGUAGGAGAUGAUUCAGUCACUUUUGGGGUUGAUCAAGCUAUGAAGUAUGCAAGGAAUAGUUAUGACAUGGCAUUCACAAUUGACAUGCUUGAUAAAUUAAUGGAGAAAUGCAAAAGUGAAUAUCCCAACAAGUCCACAAUUUUUGAUGAAGAAUUUGAUGCUGAAAAAGACUUAAUGGAGAUCGAGAGGCUGCUGGAAGAAGCUGAGUUUGAAGAAUUGAUGAAACAAUCUGACAGAUCAACUCGCCGAGUAGUGCCGAUCUACUCGCCGAGUCCAAGCGAAGGAAAAAUGGAAUUCGUGAAUUCAGCUGCAAACUCGCCGAGUCCCUUACCUGCACUCGGCAAGUACAACCAACAGAACCCAAAAACCGAGCUCAAAACGUUACCAAAUCUAAAAAGGAAGAACUAG